UGCAACAAUAAUACUUCCAAGAGUCGUGUUAUGUUAAGCCAAUACUACGACUAUUACGCCCGAGCUGCUAAGCCUUCCGAGCCACCGCGGUUAUGACUCUGAGCCAAAGUGUAUGCUACGAACACUAAGAUAGUUGUAGAAAUGAAAUCGACAUAGCAAAAACAUCAAACAGGAUGAACCAAACAAGAAGAUUCAGUAGUUCGACGUAUUUUAUUGCCCCUAGGAGUAUCCUAGAUACUGUCGUCACCGUAUUCUUGUUCCACUCCUUUUUCUCUUUGACUCUCGGCAUGCGACAUAUUGAUCGCCACGCCAUAGCUUUUUGUCAGGAUAGCCGCAAUAUCUCUACACAAGUUAUUGUCGCUGUCUAUUAAAAAAA